UGGGGGUUAACGCUGACUUUGCACUGAAUUUCUAUGUAAAAGUUCUUUGCGAAGCUGUUUCAGAAUGAGCUGCAAGAAGCAGUCGAUGCUCUCAAGGGGCACAAGUUAAGCGGCAUCGAAAAGAAACCAAAGCUGAGGGUGUGCAAGGCAAGAAAGCACUUCGAUAUUGUUGCAGUAGUUCUGCUGCUUAGUGGCUGGCUUAGGGAAGGAGCAGAAGCAUCGCUGAAGGUGGACGAGCCCUGAGAGCACUCCUCAAAGAAUGCAACUACUCUGAAUGCCAGAGACUCACCCAAGGAAACAGUCCUUGCCAGAAGCUCUGGUCCUGAAUUAGGAGUGCAAUGAAGAAGGGUUCACGUCCAGAAAGUACUUCUCCAUCAUUUUCCUCUGCUCCCCACAAUGAGAGUUCUGGAGACUCCAAUUCAAUACUGUGUGAAGAAGCACCUCCUGAAAAAGAUGAGAAGAAAGAUAUGAACAUCAGUGACAUGAAACUGGAAGAUAAUAAUAGCAAAACCUCUGCUGUGAUAGAAGCAAUGACCACCACAGUGCAUGAGAAAACAAAGUUAGAGAAGUCAACAGAUGAGAGUUCAUGUAAGGAGAGAGAUGUGCAAGAGCCAGUAGUAACUACUACAAUACAAGAUCAGUCUGAACAUCGUGGGGAGGCAAAAAGCACUUCAAAGGAUUCUGUCCAGAAACAGGGUGGAACAAUGAAAGAAGUUCUACAGAGCUCAGAAUCCUCAUCUUGCAAGUUUUUGUCUUCUGCACACUUAAAGGAAAAAGUGAAGGCUGUUCCAUCAGCUUCAACUGUUCCACCUCACUAUUUGGGAACAUUAAAGGUGUUAGAGGAUAAACACUUGCAGAAGAACAGUACAGAGUUUGACAAAGCAGAUAGUUUGCGAGCAGCUGUUUUCCAGAACUGGAUGGAAAAGAAAAGAGCCAUUCAACUGGAAUUAAAGAGAACUGAAAAGAAAAAAGCUGAAGAGCUGAGGAAUGAUACUGAAAGGAAAGAAGCUGUUAAAAGAGAGGAAGCAAAUGCUUCUUUUAAUAGCUGGAAGGCAAUGAAAGCAAGAGAAGCAAAGAAGUUGAAUGAAAAAAAGAAGCUUGAGAAACUUAAGGAAAAGGAAGCAGCAGAACAGAAUGCAGAGAGAGCAGAAGCAGCACAGAAGGCAUUUAAAAAAUGGAAAGAGAAGAAAAUAGAAUAUUUGAAAGAGCAAGGCAGACAGGAAAAACAGUCUGAAAGAAUCAGAAAGAGAAAAGAAGAGGAAUUAGCUGCAGAAAAGAAGAGAGACAACAUAUCAGCAGUUGAAAAAUGGAAUGACAAAAAGAAAGAAUAUUUGAGACAAAAGAAGGCAGAAAAAGUCCUAGAGAGAGGAAGAAAAAAAAUACAACAGGAAAGAAAGGAUGAAAAAGAUAAAAUGGCCAUAGAAGAAUAUGAAAGAUGGCUGGAAAACAUAAAAAGAAGAGAAAAACUCAAGAAGAAGCAGAAGAACCUCCAGGCUGUGCAUAGGAAUGAAGUGGCUUUUCCGUGGAUCCCACCUGGCAAAGUCACCUAUACAAAUUAUUACUGAGCAGUCUACUGCCCACUGUACGAAAAGAUGAUCAGCUUAUGCUCUCAAUGCUAGUCUGUAAUUUUAGUAACAGCUGUUUUUCACUGAAUCUGUUAUAGAUAUUGCAUCCUUUCUUUUUAAUUUAUUUGAUCUCUGGAGUUGAAAUGGGUCAGUUGUCCUAUUCCAUGACAUUAACAAAUGCACUUUUUUAAUUAUGCAUUUAACAUAAUGGCCCUGAGCUGCCACAUCCAGCCUGGCCUUGAAUGCCUCAAGGGAUGGGGUAUCACAGCGUCCUUGGGCAACCUGUUCCAGUGCGUCACCACCCUCUUAGUGGAAGAACUCCUCAAAAUAUCUAACCUAAACCUCCCCUGUCUCAGUUUAAAACCAUUCCCCUUUGUCCUAUUGCUGUCCACCCUUAUAAACAUCUGUUCUCCCUCCUGUUUAUAUGCUCCCUUCAAGUAUUGGAAGGCCACAAUGAGGUCUUCCUGGAGCUUUCUCCAAGCUAAACAAGCCCGGUUUAAAGCUCUUUCAAUAAGCCCUGCUAGCUCCUGCACUAGGAUUUAUUGCCCCCUUUGAGAUAGGUGGGUUCCAUGGCCAGGGGAUGAGUAAACUGCCCCAUGAUAGAGGAACCGAAAUUUUGUGGCUCAACGCCAGCCUCUGAGCCAAUAAUACAUUGCUUGUGCUUUCCAAGCCUGCUCUGUGUCCCUUACUGCUCCUGAAUGUAUAGAACAAAAAGUCACUUGAGCUCCCUCUCCUUUAACUAAAUGCCCUAAACCCUUGAAAUCUCUUUUCAUAGUUCAUAGGCUUUUCUGAGCAAUUUCAUCACUGCCCACCUGAACUCUGAGUAGUGCAAAAUAAUCAGUGGGUUUAACUAGUUUUGGGAGUUUCCUGGUGGUCUCAAGGUGUGGGGGUGUCUGCCUCUCCUUAGGCUCCCUCCUAGGCAGAUCAUCCAUUCCUCUCCACUCACCUGUCCUUUGAUUUCCAGCAUCUCUAAUCUGUUGCUUGCAGCUGUGGAAGCAGGCAGGGUGGGGGGGCUCCCACAAUACCUAGUUAGAACUCUGUUCCAACCCUCCUCAUCAGUCAGGUCUGUAUGACUGUGGCAGGGCAGGGUAUCCACCGCUGUUCUGGGGUUAUCUCCCUGGCACCCCUUCCCUCUGGCAUGCCAGCAAGUCACUCCACCAGUCAAUCUCCCACUCACACUCCCUGAUGGUCCUUAGUCUCUCCACCUCCUCCUUGAGCUCCACCACCAGGCUGAGCAGCUCAUCCACCUGCUCACACCUCAAUUGGAAUCACACACAAUUGGAAUCCCUGCCACCCUCCCUGAGCAGCAUCAGGCUCAGGCACUCCCUGCAGCUGGAGACCUGAACAGCUACAUUUCUGGGCAGGCCCUCCAUCUGGGUCACCACAGUCUUCUUGGAAUAAGCCUGCUGUCUGGUGGAGACCAUGUUUAGGUCUGAAGUCUCAGAGACUGCCAAGAGGAAAGCCGGUCUCCCGAGCAAGGAGGGACAAUACUUAGGACAGUUCUCACCACCUGAGGUAUUUACAAAUAUUUCAAGAAUUUCCCCUUUCCUAUCAGAAAUGUUAUUUUAGAAGAAUGUUUUGCAAUUAAUGCGAAAUCUUGCACAGAAACAUCAUGUUUAUAAAUUACAGAGAUACUCACUAAUUCUGUAUUUCAUGUAAUGUUGGGGCAUCUCCUGAGAAAAAAAGCUCAAGAUUGUCAAACAGAGGAAUCUCUGUUGUUCCAGAAGUUUCUUGCUUAUUUGUUGUGUUUUGUUGAGAGGCACAGGGGACUUAAAUGCAUUUGUUUUGGCCAAAACAGUUUCUAUUGCCAUAAUGCUGCACAGGGGAGUUAUCACUGAGAUAUAUGUAAAAGUGAAAUUAGAAGGAUAUUUUAUUUCCUUAUUGUUGAAUGUGGUUCUGUUCAUCAUUCUUUGAAUUCCUGUUUCAAGCUUUAUCAAAGUUCGACAGAAGCAGGUGAGAUGUUAGAACAGUAGGUAGACUCAUGCCCUUUAUUGGAACAUUUUAGCAGGUCUCUGCUGGUCCUAUCUCUUCCUUCCAGGUCUGUUUCUUCCUUCAAGGAUAAUUGUACUUGACUUGGCUUUUAUGCUUUUAUUUGUUUCUUGCCUUCUGUUAUCAGGCUGCUCACCCUAAUGUAUUGUGGCUGGAACAGUUUUUGUUCUACUAAGGAAUUUGUAGAAGAAAUAGGAAGCUUUGUGACACCAUCCUUUGAUUAUAUGCUUUCUGCAGGUGAACCAGAUUUUUACCUGGCUGUAGCACAGGUAAAGAUUAUAUUCACUUCUUGUAUUCACUUGUGUGAUAGCACAGACAAGUGAAUACAGUACUGUCAUAAACUUUGGCACUGGCUUUGCCUGGACUAUGUGUUACUCUGCAGCAGAUCAGCUAUUUUUUCUUGCAUUAGUGAUAUGACAAUGACAACAUUGAUACCCAGAGAGAAAGCAGAAGUUUACUGCCUGCAGAAACUUUGAAGAAGUUGAGAGCAGCUUCAGUGGAUGACUCAAGAGGCAGGGUAAAAUUACAUGUAGCAGCAGGAGAGUAACAGAACUACAGCACAGGCAAAAUCCAACCAAAAUGCCAGCUGAGAAUUAACCCACACAAAUUUUAUGGGGAAAAACAUAAAGGAUGAAUUCAUGCCUUUAGGCUACAGCAGUGACGUGCAUCAUUGUCUGCUAGGCUUCUAGCACUACUAGCCUGAAGUUCAAGGUUUAGUGCGUCAAGAAACUACAUAGCUGUAUAAUUUAAUGGGAAGAUAAAAAUGUAUAGCAGACAGUAGAGUUUGUUGUACAGCUGCCCUCAGGAGAGACUGAGGCAAAGUGUGCAGCCUGUGUGAAAUUUAGAAUGCAGAAUCACCUAGAUGUUUACUUUUGCAGUGCCUAGCUAGAGCAAGUAAGAUAGGUCUCUAUGCUCACGGACUUGCAGUUGAGCGAUGCAAAUGAAACAGUGUUGGAGGUAAUGGCAGAUCUGGAAUAGGGUUUCUCAUAUGCCUGUUGCUAAGCUGAAUACUGUGCUUUAUGGCUUUUAAGCCUUCUGCUGAUUGGAUGGAAAAAAAUUGUCAGCAGGUGUAAGUGGGAAGAUGUAGGUGACAUGCUUCAUAGGAGUCGUGUACCCCAAACCCACAGAAAUUCACAGCUUCUCAGUGAGGAAAAAGUGCUCAGGAUUUGUAGACACACAAUAGAAGUCGAUACAAUUUCGUGUUUGUCUUUUAUAGUAACAUUUUGCAAUCUUGGUCUAGUUUUCAGACUUGUUAUAGCAUGAUUUAGGAAAAUGUGGAGCUCAGAUGUGAAGGUGUGUAGAGUAACAUCAAAAUGUUUCUGUGCAAAUCCUUUCUAACUUGUUUAUUGAUAACAGGAAGAUUAUUUUGUUAUUUAUUAAUAAAGUAUAUUUUAGUAUCAUGGGGUCAAUGUAUUCAUCUGGUUUGUGGUUGUAACAGUUUUCUUAAACCUUUUCUACAUGUAAGUGAACUAGGCAGUAUUGCUAAGCACAGCCUAUGCUUUAUCUGUUGUAUUAACAAUGAUAAGCCUUGGACCUGUAUCCUAUGCAGGUGACAGCUUCUAACACAGCACCCUCUCUUCCAGCUUACUGUGUGCUGCCACACCAGUACAAAAGGAAACACUUUGGGGAUGCCAGUGUUUGGGAAUAAUGGCAUUGGUGACUCAUUUUCUCAUUUUUUUUCCCCAGGUGUUUUAUUCAGGCAUUAAAUUGUUGCACUGGGUACACUAAAGGGACAGAUUGCUGGGAAAAAUAACAAUAAUAAUAAAGAAAAAUAAAGAAGGUUUUACGUGGUGCAUACAGACCUGCCCAAACCCGAAACAUUUAUUCACCAAGAGCAGUCCAGACAAAACAGAGAUGUGAUGAAAUGCCUUACCCCUCUCUCAGAAACUCUUUCUGCAGGGGGAGCGUUUAUAUGAAUCAAAGAAAUAAGAUUAUGUUAAAGAUAAAUAAUUUCCGGUUCCCUUGUUCUGGAUUAGAAAGGCUGUGCGCUGGUCCGUGUCAUAUUUUUUGUUUCAUAUUCACAGAAUAAAAAACCAUUAGAUCCUCUUA